AGAGAGAGAGAGAGAGAGAGAGAGAGAGAGAAAGAGAAAAAAGAAAGAGACCGCUCCGACCAGAAAUCGGCGCGGGCCAGAGCUCUCGGGCCGAGCGGGUGAUACGUACGCGCGCGGACCAGCGCAUCGGCGGACACGCGUAGAGGCGCACGCGGCGCGAUUCAAUCCAAGGGGCCGCGCGCAUCGCGCGAAGGAAUCGCGACUCGUGAACGCGAUCUCGUCGCAUCACCGUGACAAGAACCACUGUUGCGGCUGCUGUUCGACCGGAACGUCGCGAAUACGCUCGAAUGAUGCGAGCCUGCUCCGUGGGAGAACCGUAGGGGACCGCCAGGGCACCGCAGGACACCGCGGGGAACCGCAGGAGACCGUACGGAACCGAAGGACAGUGUCAGGACACGUUCCGCGGCGGUGAGACCAGAGCAGACGCGACACGCGACUCAGGCCCCGGUCAGUCACGGACUUUUCCGGCCUCCUCGACGGAUUCAGUGACAAGGACAGUGAAUUCGGUGCAAUCUGAAGACAGACCGAGACACACAGAGAGAAAGAGAGAGAGAGCACGCAAGAGUUCAGAGAGAAGCUGCCGCAGCAGGAUCCACGAGCACCGACGAUGCUGCAUCCUGAAGCGUGAUGGACAAGCUCGCGAUCGCAGCCACCAGCUUCCAGCUACGCCUCGCCAGCUUACUCAUGGAUACGUGGAUAUUCCUUCUGUUCGUCGCCAUUGCCGACGUGGCGGCCUCGGUGGAAGUUCACUUCGAGAACAAGGACGGCGGGUUCUUCCUGAAGCACACGCCGAAGCAGUUCUACCCGUCGCAGGGGGAGUCGAUCCCGGCGAUCUCGCCGUCGUCGAACAAUGGUGGCGGCGGAGCCGGAGGUUCGUCGACGGGGACGUCGACGAGCGGGAACGGGGUGCCGUCGCCGCCGCCCGGCUCGGUCCUCUCGAUCGACAAGUUCGCGGUGUUUCAGACGAGCGAGCCGGUCUCGGUCCGCGCCACCUACGGUCCGUUCAGCACGAAGCAAACGGUGCCGGCUCGCUACAUAGUCCCGGACCCGUUGGACACGCUGCCGGGCCCCGAGACGAGGCGAAAUCUGACGGCGGCGACGAUACUUGACGCGCAGGAGCUCGGUACCCGUCACUUGGACAUGUCGGCUCAUCUGGUUGGGAACAGCGUGCCGCGCGACUCGCCGGUGCUGCGAGUGCUCUUCCAUGCCGGAAGCGAGGCAGGCGGAAGGCGCCAGUUGCUCCUCGCCCGGCAUCAGAAGGUCUGCGUGGUGCUGCACGCCACUCUGGCCACUCCAGCCAGAAGCACCGCCAGCAGGAACAACGGUAGAACUUACUCCUCCUCUUCCUCCUCCUCCUCCUCCUCGUCCUCGUCCUCCUCCUCGCCGUCAUCGCCCUCGUCCCCCUCGUCCCCCUCGUCAUCCGCCUAUACGACCGCUCCUUCCACGACGUCCGCCCUGACGGCCGCCUGCAGCCCCGACGGAGAGAACGGAGUCUGCCUAGCCCAGAUCACCAUACCCGCCGAUUGGUGGGCACCGUUACCACCUCCGGACGCUUCCGGCCGGGUCAAGGUCGCCAAGAGCCUGCCGAGACUCGUGCAGGUCGCCUACUCCGUGCUGGAGCCGAGGACCGAGGAUGCCGGCACCGCGGACAACGGCCAAGGAUUCUGCAGGCCCAGGGUUCAGAUCCAGCCCGUCACGCCUCUCGGACAAAUACCGCUCGCCCCCAACCGAGCGGAUUACAAGGAGCUCAAGGCCGACGACUCGUUGACUCUGCUGGUCCCUCAUGGCCCGCUUUAUCCGAGGUCCAGGCUGCACGUACCGGUCUUCCUGCACCCGUCCAAACCCGCGGACUCCCGGGACGGCAGGACGCAGUUCGUCGUCACCGUUUACCUUAGGGCCAGAGUGAAGUCCGGCGUGAAGGUCCUCGGAGCCUCGCCGAGCAGCCCGAAUUGGACGCUGGAGAUCGACAUAAACACGAAGAACACGAUCGCCCUGUUCGUCGCGAGGCGAAAGGACAGCGCGCCCCGAGUACCAAACGCAUCGGCGGAGGAGAUCCUGACGAUGCUUCUGGAGGCCAGCGAGGAGGGUGUCGAGGGGAACUGGGACGGCGGCCGCAUCGUAUGGGGCGUGCGUUACACCUUCGAGGACGACGAGGACGCCGGCUCGUCCCAAUACAACGGGAUGCGGGAUCACCAUCCCGAGAGACGGAAGCUGCAGGCGAGGUUCGAGAUACAGAAGGACGACAUACAGGCGGUCCUGCCCAUCUCCAAGAACUGGGAGGUGAUGAACACCGCGGUGCUCACCGGCCGCCAAGUGUCCCAGGGAAUGAAGGUGUUCAUCGUGAGCCAGGCAGGAUCCGUCGCGGACGUCACGCUGCAGUCUUCCUGCCACUCGGAAGACGAGAGUGUGCUCAAGGUAUCGUCGUCCUGCAGCAGCGUGUACGUGGACGGCACGGAGAUCCGCGGUUCCAGCAACGCGUCCGUUCUGGUGAAGUACGGCACGUACUCCGGCCUGGCGAAGUUCACAGUAUGGAUGCCGGAGUUCCCUCUGGCGAUCACCGUGGAGGACACCAGGCUGAGCCAGAUCAAAGGCUGGAAGGUGCCGGAGGAGCACGUGGCCAGCGCGAAGAGCAAACGUAGCCUGAACGCGACGAGCCCGAGGUUGGCCGCCGACUCGGCGAAGACGAAGAAGCGAAGCGCGGCGGACCUCGACGACUCGAUAGACGACACGUCGAUGGACGUGGAGGACGCGGACGUGAUUUUGGAGGAGGACGACCAGGACGACAGGUUCCGCGGCAACGAUCCCGGAUGGGACACGAUCAACUCGAUCGAGCGUGGCGGCUCGACGAUGUGCCGGCUGCGGUUCCAGCAGAGCCCGGUCGAGGUCCACGCGAGGUUCCUAGCCACCGAUCACGAUUCCGGGAGAGUCUCGUACUUCGUGAACCGUAGAACCUGGCUGAGAGUGACCGACCUGGUGAUGGGGAUGCUGCGGGUCUCCGAUCCGAGAAUAGCCACCCUCCUGCAGGGGAGGAUCGUCCAAGGCCGCGGCGUAGGUAUAACGGAGGUGCAGGUGCUGUCGCCGAUCACCGGCAGGAUCAUCGGAGCGAAGGAAGUGAAGGUCGGGAACGUCCGUGUGGCGGUUACCAGGUUGUCGGUCAGGGUUGUGUCCGGUCUGCAGCUCACCAUCAAUCCCGACACCGCGAUAGAGAACGGAUACGUCGCCGAGACCUCUGUCACGAGAAGACUGACCGCCAAGUAUCAGGAGGGUCUGCUGGACAUAGACGUGGAAUUCUCGGACGGGACCAGGACCCCGCUGCGAGAGAUCGCCGUGACCGAUUACCAUCUGUCGGUGGAGAGCCUGGACCCGGAAGUGGUCGCUUUCGCGCCGAUGGUCGCGUCCCAUCAUCCCCGGGUGAUCGCGGUGGGCGAGGGUCGGGGCGAUCUGCUGCGGGUGAAGCUGCAGUUGGCGGACGCCUGCCGGCUGGGCAGCAGGAGGUCCGGCAAAGGAUCGCAAAGGACGACCACGUCCGCUCUGGCGAGCGCCUCGGCGAACGUCGAGGUCGACUUCGCCUCGAGCGAGCUGCCGAAUCGACCCGACUUCGUGCAGAACGACGGCGGCGGGACAGUGGGCUCGCACCAUCACAGGGAGAGGAAGACCAACAGGGGGGAAUCGGAGCCAGAUACGCGCGACAGUUUCUUGGGGCUACCGCUGAAAGACGAGAACGGGCACGAGCCUUUGGUGCAGGCACGCCAGCACCGCACGGCUAUAGCUAAUGGCAUGUCUUCAGGAGGAAUGGGCGGCGUCGGUAUACGGCACCACGGCGGGGCGCGCAUGAGCCCACUCGAGAUCGGGAUGUACGUUCUCCUGGCGGCCUUCUGUUUCGCGAUCGUCGUCUUCGUCGUCUCCUGCGUGGUCUACACCAGCAAGUUCAAGCCCCAGCCGCCGGACUCGCCGCUCGCCGGCGAUGCUCUGCGGCCGCCGGUCAUCUUCGGCGCGGCUAAGGCGAGAGCGGCCGCCAACCAGCUGGCAUCCGGACGACGACCGCCCAGAGAAUCGACCACGAACGCCCACGACUGGGUCUGGCUGGGACGGGCGACCCUCGAGAGGGCUGCUUGCGGACCUCAACAGGUACGGGUGACCAGCAAUCCUCUGGCGAACGAAACCGACGGCGACAAGAGCGAGCUGGCGACUUGCUUCGACAACCCGAACCACAUCGAGCUUCCUUCCACGGGUCAGCGGAACAACAGCUCCGGGCCGAUCGACAGCACCACUUACUGCAAAAGGGACAAGCUUCCGAGGAACAGCUUCGUCGCGAAGUCCGCGGCGAGGCCGUCGAACGCGGUGACAGCGACCACGGUGACCACCCCCGCCUCCAUGGCCACGUCGACCGUCACCACGUCGCGAAACGACAACGACGACAUUCCGCCGCCCCUGCCGCCGCACGGGGUUCCGGUCUCGACGGGCGUGAACACCGCCGCCGCGACGAUCGCGACCUCGACGAACAACAACGGCAACGAGGACUACAAGCCGCCGGUGCCGCCGCACAGGAACACCGGGGUGAUCGUGCGGCUGCCGGAGACACCGAGGAAGCACCGGCACAGGGCGUCGAGCGGCAGCGCGGCCGGCAGCCAUCACGGGAACAACCAGCGGCACAGCAAACAGAUCCAGCAGCAUAUCAAGUCGUCGCACGGUAAAGCUAGAGUAGGUAACCCGAAGGAGAACGCCGCGGAGGAGGAGGAGUUCGUCGAGCUGGUGACCCACGACGACAACAGGCACUCGAAGGAGGCGAGAGCCAGAGAGGUGAAGAGGGCGACGAUCGUCGGUAAUCCAAUGUUCUUGUCGUUCUCGAGCGCGGGGGUGUCGUCGUCGGUGAACGUGUCCACCCCGACCGUGGACUCAUCGUCCUCGUCGCCGCCCAACUCGUCGCCGUCCGCGUCGUCCGGAUCCUCGUCCUCCUCCUCCUCGUCCUCCUCGUCCGGCUCCUCGUCCCAGGAGCAGGAAGAGUCGGUGGCGCUGGACGACCUGAAUCUCGGCAUGGACUACAACCAGAUCAUGCAGUACUUCGACAACCUGAAGGAGUCGAACGCCUAGGUGAAGGCGCCCGGCCUUCGAGAAGGCCGAGAGUAGUCAACGUCGAUACGAAACGGCCGGGACACGCGGUUCCCGCAUCGCGCCGCGCCGCAACGCGCCACGCCGCGGAAACACUCGGCGGCCGAGCUCGCGCGCCACGUUCUCCGCUUCCUCUCUAUCGCCAUUAGCACGUUUACAUCGGGAUGGCCGAGCUCGUCCAGCCACCAAUCCUACCGUCCGGUCGUUUCGUAUUCUAGGCUAUAAUCUAGUCAGCUUCCUAGCAGCACAUCAAGAGUAUCGCGCAAACGCAUCGACACACACUUACACGCGCGUUUUCUCGUACAACUCGUGGCCCCGAUGGAAGCCGUGCCGCGGAACGCGACGGAACUCGCGCGAAAGUCCCGGGCUCGCGCGUUACGGUAUACCCUUUUGUACGCUAGAAUACUAAACGGCCCGGGACCAGGACGAACCAGCUCGCGCGCGCGCCGCCCUCCGGAGCCCACCGCGACCCUGCGGCUUCCGUCGGCCACGCUCGCAUACACAUACUCGCAGAGGCUUUAAACAGGUGUGAUCGUCGGUGGCCGGUGGGGUAGGUAGAUCGCGCGCUCGAUUCGACCAGCUUUCUUCUUCGUUUCGUCCGCGGAUCGAUCGAUCGGCGAUCCUCGCUUCCGCCUCCGUGCACUAUCGAUCUCUCGCUCAAGCCCUCUGUUCCCGGCGACCGGACGAGUCCCGCCUCGUUCCCGUCGCCCGCGACAGGGCAUUCACCAAAAACAAAAAAAAAACAGAAAAAUGGCCGAACAAAAACCGAGAGCCCCUUUUGUCUCGAGAUCGAUCUCGGUGCUUCGGCCGCCGCACCGUCGACAACCAUUGACAAGCUCGCAUACCCGUUCCUUUCGCGUCGCUCGUCUAUAGGAACUCUCCUAAUAUCCGCCCAUAUCCGGCCGCAUCCGCGCGCCUAUUCAUUCCGAGACCUGUUCCUAACGGUACAGGCACACUUCGAUCCUCCUUCUCGCGGAACCGUCGCGCGCCUUUGUUUCCGUUUCGGUUCGGUUUUCGACGACCGCGUGGCUCUCUCUCUCUCUCUCGUCGAGUCUUCCCAGCGCGGUCGCUUCGGCGCCGAGAUCGAUCCCGCGACGGACCCGCGCCGCGCCGCUGCUCGGUCAUUUUCUUUCCGAUCUGCGCCAGAGGAGACGUAUAAUAUUUAUUCGAUCGCGACCGUGCGUCGUAAUGUUUGUAAAUUUUUGCUUUGUAAGACUGUGUACAUAUAUAUAUUAUAUAUAUAUAUUUACCGCGAUCCAGCGAUUUAGCGCACGUUAAUUACGGACCCGAUCACGGAUUCCACGGUGAGAGAACGGAUCCGCGGAGAUCCAUUCGAACACCCGAGAGAGCGGAUACGCGUAUGCGAACACGCUCAGUUCGCGGCGCAUACUUUUCAACGGCGUUCUUCGGCAUCGGUCCCGUUCGACCGGGUACACACGGAACACUCCGCUUCGUACAACGAACUCAUUUGCCAAGGAGACGGACAGGAAGAACGUGUACACCACGCCCACCAUCUCAUCCCGCUUUCCCGAACGUUUUCUCCGCUCUUCGAUCUCUCCGCCGUUCUUUUUUCUACUCGGCCAGCGUGAGAACCGAUCGCGAGAACACGGUUCGAGAAAAAGAACAGAGAAACGACCAUCUCCGGCGAAGUUUCCCUUGGUACCCGACCACCACGCGUACACCGUGUUCGAGAAACAAAGAACCGUGGUGUACGUUAGAAAAUUGGAGGAUCGCCGGCCAGGAAAUUGGCGAACGCUAGUCUCUAAUUCGCGGCGGCCCGAGAUGCUAUCGCUUUUAAUUACGCGACUCAGCCACGCCGAUUGUAUUCCACACCGCGAUCGUUCGCGCAACGUGCCAGCGAUCCGCGCGAGAUUGUUAUCGGCCCUGGAAUCGUACCGAUUCGUUCAUCCUGAACCGGGGAAUGCAACUGCGAAUCGUAUCGGUGGCCAUCGCGAGCUCCACGGUUGGCGCGCGCGUCGUCAACCCUUGCGUUCGAGUAAUGCCGUUUUUUUCUUUCUUUUUUUUGGUAUGUACGCCCGAAGAUCGCUCGCGUGUCAGAUCGCCCCGUGAGAAUCCAGCUUCCUAUUAAAGCGUCUAGUUUGAUGUAAAUAAUUUUUAACUUAGCGUCCUCGAUGGAGAACAGUAUUGUCGGUUCACGGGCAAGGAUCGGCGAUGCGCGAACGCACCCUCCUCGCUCUAGUACGGGCACGCUCGCUUCUGCCCUGUGUUUCGCGAGAAAACAGGAAGGUGGAGACGCGCGAAAACGUUCGGUUUAAUUUCCAGUCGCGAGUUGAAUAAUCGCGAGCACCUCGAAUCCCCGUCGAUACGCGCGGUCGCAGCCAGCGGGAGCGCGGCGAUCCAUGGAUCCGCGGCUCGCACCCCUAUCUCGCAUAAGUAUCCAAGGGCUACGUGUCUCUAAGUAUGUAUGUAUCUUGUAAGUUGUGUGUUAAAGCACGUCGAGCGCGGGACACAUAGCGACAUGUAUAAUGUAGAGGUGCGCGGAGAGCAACAAGCCACGUCGACCACGGCCAGCCACGUUUAACCCCUUGCGGUCCUGCGUGUAAUUUAUUCCGUAAUUUAUAUCGCGGCUCGUUUGCGUUCGCACGGGAACCAGCCUCGCGACGAUCGUCCGUUGGGGUUGAUUUUUUGUUUCGGGUUUCGUUUCUCCUUGGAGCACAAGCCAAGCGUGUGGAACGCGUUCGAUUCUCGUCGUUGAGGUACCUUUUCCGUUGAGCUCUCUGUGCGAGCUCGAGUUCGUACUCCUGUAAAUAUCGCGUGAGAAGAGAAAAUGUGAAAUCGCUCGGUAAACGAUUCGGUUCGGUUCGGUUCGGUUCGACGUCGUUUCUACCGGGACGACUGCAACGGGUUAAAGAGUGCCGGACGCGUCGCGACGCAAGACAACACGCCCCGAUCCCCGCCGAGAAAUCUAGUCUUUGUAGCGUUAACACUACCGAUGCAUUAUUAUUAAAAGCGACGAACGCGAAGCGGCGCGCGAUCUACGUUGCCUUUCGGCAAAUUCGAGAUGCACGACAGACGAAUUAUCCUCGAACGAAACGAAACUGCCGCGGCCCAUAUCCUUUCCUUAUCAUCGGGGGGGAGGGAGCGGAACGAAGGCUCUCUCUCUCUCCCUCUCUCUCUCCUCCCUCGUCGGCGACACGGUGAAUCGUCGUUGCCCGACGAAUCAAUCAUAUCGAGUUAUCGCGAGUGAGCUGCAGCACCGCGCUGACUAAUCCAUUUAUCAAUUCGUACAUCGUGUGCGCGCCGGGAAACCUCCGAGCCCCGCCCUCGGCAAACGCAUCGCCGGAAUGAGAGAAUGAGCGCAAUCGGAGCAAUUCGGGAACGCGAUGCGAAACGAGGAGAGCCGCGCAGGGCCGGGAAAGAAUAGUAUUUACGAUUAGAAAAUAGUGGAGAGCUUCUGAAUAGUCGUUAACGCGCGGAGAAAAACUGUCGCGUGCGAUGCUUCUCCGUACGGGAAGAGGAAACGGACACACAGCGCGCAGAGGGUUGAUUUUCCCGAUCGGCGCGGAUAGACGAACGUAUUUUUGUUUGGCACAACAACGCUGCAUCUCGCACACGACGGCGCGCGGUUGCUGCCGGAUUCAUCGAGAGAAAAGAAUGGGAAAAAGAAAGAGAAAAAAGAAAGAAAGGUCGCCCGAGAAGCAUCGCAGGCGCUGCUGUUCGAAUGAAUGUUCGCUUGCCGCGAUUAUAAAGGUGAAGACAAGCGAAAAACCCGCCCCGAUAUCACCUUCACACACUAAUCGACGUACAAAAAAGAAAAAAAAAAUAACGAUCGUUACAGUUACUAUUUUUUACUUAGAAUACUAUUUCCUCCAGCUCUGGCCAAACUGUAUAUAUACACACGUAUCCAGGCAUCAUUGUGUGUGUGUUUCCUUCUUUCUCGAUCGAGGCGAUUUAACCCCACGGCGAGCGGAUCGCGAGUAGCGAUCUACGAAAAUACCUAGCCCUACGAAAAUUAAAUUAUUUAUUCGCUGCGUUAUCUAAACCGCAGGAUUGUCUCGGCUCUCGAAAUGUCGGGACGAUAAGAGAGAGAGAAAAAAAAAGGAAGGAUCGGAGAAGCGGAGUUUUGCUUUUGUUGCGAUCGAUUCGAAUCGGGCCGCGAACGAUUGCGGGGGUUAAAGAGCCUCGUGAACGCGCCAGCGGCGAGCGGAGUGGCUCGCUCGGCUGUCCGUAUGUUGGCUGCUCGCUCGAUCAUUUCUCGCUGAUGAUUUCGCCAUUGAAAGUUCACGAAACGCGUUUCUCGAGUCAUCUUCCACGGUCGCCGAGCGACGACCAACCCCCUGCGGGGUGUGGGACCUACGCGAUCGUGGUGGAACGAGUCAGGAGGAACGCGAAGAAACUCGCUAACGCCGAAUUUUCUACACGACACGACACGACAUAACGCUCCCUCGAGCCGUUUCGAUUUCGAAACCGCUCCGGGCAUAGUCUCGAAGCGUCGGGGACGAGCGCCCCGUAGUCUAUACUACUGCCGGUCUCUCUCUCUCUCUCCUUUCCCCCUUUUUUUAUUUUUGAUAAGUUCCCACCGAUCAGGGAGGAUGAUUAUAUUAUAUAUAUAAAUAUAUAAAUAUAUACAUAUACGGUAUAUUGUAAUAGAAUAUAUCGCGUCGCGAUGCUGACUCUGCAUUCACACACAUUCCUCAAAGACACACGAUGUCGUCGCUCUGUAUAUCUUCGUUUAAGUGUGAUAAAUGCGGGACUAUGAUAGGCGAAGGAUCGCCGGGGACAAUCGGCAACGGAACCCGACGGGCACGGCGAAGACCACGACGUCCACGACCCCGAUUUAGCCAUUUAAUCGCGAGCAAUCCACCACAUUCGUCGCUGACUCGACAAGGUCCGCGCCGUCCGCAAAGCGUUAGGGGCUGCGGGUCCAUUUUUGCAAAUAUCACUCGCUUCUUUCAAUCGUCUUGAUAAAACGGUCGCAAGAUCCUCAGCCAUAUCCAAAAUGUAUCAUUAAGUAGUCCUCUUCACGGUGAAACCGCUCGUAACGCUUUGCCCGCGGCUCGACUUUUCUAGCAUCCAUCACCGGCCAGGCACAAACUAACGAUAAAACGAUGAUAUGUCGAUCAUCCAUUGUCCCAAGUGAUUAUUCUCUUACUGUAUUAUUCGAUUGCGACGAUUCUAUUUGUCCUUUAUAUUCUAUUGAUCGCGUACAUCAUCGUUGCUGUUAUUGUUACUGUUAUUGAGAUUGUUGUUGUUGCUGCUGCUGCUGUUAUAAUCGCGCUGUUCUCACCGGCCCAGCCCCGUCGUCGCUCUCGUUGCCCGUCGUCCUCGUGGACGUCGCCAUUUGGCACCGGCGUAAUCGGUACGCUAAUUAAACAAUAAGAUACGACUAUCGCCUACUCAAUGUACAAUAUGUAGUAUUUACCUGUUGUUACCACCAAACCGUCAUCAAAGAUAUAUAAAAUAUUGUAAUUGUAACAC